UUCCAGACGUUUCAAUGUGGAUGGAUCGUGGGCAGCGUUUGGAAAAGCUUGAAACGCUAGUGAGCGUUUUGAAAACGUUCAGUUUUGCAGUAAUCUAAACCUGGAUUUUCGGGUUCAGGUGUGUUUGACUUGGGUGACAGGAUAUGUGGUCUUCAGGAGCAGCACUAAGUGACCAUUUUGCCGAUUCCAAAAGCAGACACGUGUUUGUGCAGAGCCACUGAGAGAGAGAGAAAGUCGCGUCAACUCCGUUGACUCCAAUAGAACAGUUUUUUCACAGCAAUGGCGCUUCAUGAAGGCUCUCAAUAGCUCCCGGAAGUUACGCAUGGGGCUGCGACUAAACAGACCAACUGAGAAUUAUUUGUAGGGCUACCCACUGUACAACUCAGCUGUUACAGUUUGCUCACGCUGUGGACCGUUCUGUCUGCCUGCAGCGAGGUCAACGUUCACACAGACAGAGAUCUCGCGAGACUUGAGAUCAUCUGGACUACUGGACUGUGGUUACCUGAGACGACAGGCGAUUGACGGUCUGAUAAGGUAAUCAUGUCCCAUAAUGAUGAAGGAUAUGUAGUGCGGAUCCGUGGUUUGCCUUGGUCAUGCACGCAAGAGGAAGUGGCCUCCUUUUUCUCUGAUUGUGACAUUGUGGGGAAAGUGAACGGGGUAUGUUUUACCUUCUCGAAAGAGGGACGGCCGAGUGGAGAAGCAUUUGUAGAGCUAAAGACGUCAGGGGACUUUAAAAAAGCUCUGGCCAAAGAUCGCAAAUACAUGGGACACCGUUAUAUUGAAGUGUUCAAGUCAAACCGCAGUGAGAUGGAUUGGGUGCUUAAGCGAUGCGGCCCUACAGACUAUGAUAGCAGCAGUGGAUGCAUACUGCGCUUAAGAGGACUUCCUUUCGGCUGCAGUAAAGAAGAAAUUGUACAGUUCUUUUCAGGGUUGAAAAUCGUGCCAAAUGGGAUAACAUUGCCGAUGGACUACCAGGGGAGGAGCACAGGGGAAGCCUUCGUGCAGUUUGCCUCAAAGGAGAUAGCAGAAAAGGCUCUGGGGAAACACAAGGAAAGAAUAGGGCACAGGUACAUAGAAAUAUUCAAAAGCAGUCGAAAUGAAAUGCGUGCACACUACGAAGUACCCAGGAGGGUGAUGGGACAGAGGCCUAGUCCGUAUGACAGACCCAUGAUGGGACACGGUGGAUUCUUUGAGCCUGGAAGAGGAGGUGCUGUCCUGGACCAGAUGCGCAGUGGAGGUGGUUACAGUGGUGGAUAUAGUGGGUUUGACAACUACAAUGGCUUUAACAACUACUGCUUUGGUAAUGGAAUGCUUGAAGAGCGCAUUCGGGGCGAUAGGGGAAGAAGAGGAAUGGGGGGUCACGGCUACAGCAGCGACUCAAACUAUGGCUUUCACAGCAGCCAUUUUGUGCACAUGAGAGGCCUUCCGUUCCGUGCUACCAAGACAGACAUCGCAAAUUUCUUUUCCCCGUUGAUCCCGGUGAGGGUGCGCAUUGACGUUGGGCCCAAUGGAAAAUCUACAGGCGAGGCAAACGUUGAGUUUGGAUCGCAUGAAGAUGCUGUGUCUGCCAUGACAAAAGACAAGAAUCAUAUGCAGCACCGUUACAUUGAGCUUUUCUUGAAUUCAACUUCAAGUGGACCGUCUGAAAUAGGUCGUGGAGGAGGUUUCUAUGGCAACUCAAGAGGAAGUGGACUAAGGGGCAUGUACUAAGGACGCUUGCAAUAGAUCCAUGGUACAAGCUUCCAGCUUGGAAAGUCUUUUUGUACAUUGUUUUCACAUGUUCAUACAAAAUAUGGCCAAAAUAUUUUCCAGGCUUAAAGACGAAGUAAAUAUCUAUCUAUCUAUCUAUCUAUCUAUCUAUCUAUCUAUCUAUCUAUCUAUCUAUCUAUCUAUCUAUCUAUCUAUCUAUCUAUCUAUCUAUUUGAGCUGCAUCGGUUGACCGGCUACUGUACAUUUUGCUUAUUCGAUUUUAUAUUAUAUAUAGUUCGGUGUCUAACUAAAGAUAUGUGCUUUGUAUGUUUUGACCUCAAAAAGGAGUAUGGAUAGCUUGAUGCUCGAGCCCUGUGUGAAAUUACACUCGAGUCUUUUCUUUCCCAAAGCAAUAACAUCAUUUUGGAUGUUCACCUGUUUUUGCUGCUCAGUAUCGUUUCUAAAUGGAAACCUGUGAAAUUUACACAUUAUGAAUAAAACCCUUUAUUUAUAUUUUUUAUCUUUGACCAAAGAAUGUUUGAAGG